AUGACGUUCAAGACCAACUCUGUGACAGCCAUCUUGGGAAGUCUUUCAACUUCCCAGAAACCCAGGCCUGAUAGGAGGAAAUAUUUGGCUCCCUUUGAACUUGUACAUUAUGCAGGAGUGAUCACCUGGAAAAAAGUGAAGGAAGAGAGACUAGCUAAAAUCUUCAUACUAAUCCAAGCAUUGGUAUGAGGCAAACUGAUGUGGGCCAAAUUCCAGAAGAUUCUGAAACAGAAAGUUGUACUUCUUGUGGUCCGGUGGAAUUUCAGAGUCUUUCUGGCCGGGAAGAGCUGGCCCCGAAUGCAGCUUUUCCUUAAGAUCAAACCUCUUGUAAAGUCUGUGGAAAGUGAAAAAGAGGUGGAUGGGCUUAAGGAAGAUCUGGCAAAGCUGAGAAAAGCCUUGGAGAAAGCAACUUAUCAGGAGGAGGAAUGGGAAGCAAAGCAAACCUUCUUUAAUAGUGAAAAGAAUGACUUAGUCCUCCAGCUGCAGGCUGUGACAUCAUGGUGGGAGCAAGAGACCCUGGCAGAUGUUGAAGAACAAACAACUCUGAUAAUAUCCAAGAUCCAGCUGGAGGCCAAAGUCAAAGCACUCUCUGGGUCGGUGACGGAAGAAGAGGAGAUAAAUUCUGAGCUGAAUGCCAGGAAGAGGGAACUGGAAGAUGAAUGCCCUGGGCUGAAGAAAGAAAUCGAUGACCUGGAAACAACACUGGUGAAGUCAGAGAAAGAAAAGCAAUCUACAGAACAUAAGGUUAAAACUGAAUCUACAGAAAUAGAAUCGUUAGAUGAUGAUAUUGAGAAACUUAACAGAGAUGUAAAGGCUACCAAGAAGGUCCACCAGCAGGCCCUAGAUGAAGUGCAAGCCGAAGAGAUACUCAGCACCCUGAACAAAGCAAAGCUCAAAAUAGAAUAGCAAGUCAAUGAGCUUGAGGGUGUCUAUGAGCAGGAGAAGAAAAUAAAGAUGGACCUGGAAUGGCAAAAGGAGAAACUGGGGGGUGAUUUAGAUCUAAGCCAGGAAAGCAUCAUGGAUCUGGAAAAUGACCAGCAGCAACUAGAUGAAAAAUUAGAAAAGAGAGAAUUGGAAAUGGGCCUGCUGCAUUCAGAUUCCACAGACGAGAGGGACCUCCUUAGCCGGUUCCGGAAGAUGGUGGAGGAGCUUCAGGCUCAAAUGGUGGAAUUGGGAAAAGGACUGGAUGAUGAAAAAACAACACAAGCCAAGGUGGAAAAGCAGAGGAGUGACCUGGCCUAUGAAUUGGGAGAGAUGAAUGAGCAGCUGGAAGAGGCCAGGGGCACCAGUCUGACCCAACUGGACAUCAAUAAGAUGAGGGAGCCUGAGUUUAUGAGGCUUCGAAGAGACCUGGAUGAGGAUGCCUUUCACUUUGAUACCACAGCUGCCACCAUCAGAAAAAAACACAAAGAGAGUGUGGAGGAGCUGAAGGGGCAGGUGGACAACCUACAGUGGGUCAAACAGAGCUUGGAGAAAGAGAAGAGUGAAUUGAAGCUAAAAGUGGAUGGCCUGCUGACUAGUGUGGAGCAGAUGGCCAAAGCAAAGUCAAAGGCUGAGAAGCUCUGUAAACUGUUUGAAAACCAAAUUAAUGAAACAAAUGUUAGACUUGAAGAGAUGGACAGAUUGGUAAAUGAUGUUACCACCCAGAAGUCAAAGCUUGAGAGUGAAAAAGACGAUUUCUCAAGACAGCUGGAAGAGAAGGAGACUCUGAUAAGCAAACUUUCCAGAGGAAAGAGUAACUUUACUCUACAUAUUGAAGAACUGAGAAGGCUUCUGGAGCAAGAGACUGAAUCCAAGAAAGUUCUUGCACAUGCCCUGCAGUCGGCAAAACAUGAUUAUGACCUCCUGAAGGGGCAAUAUAGGGAAGAACUUGAGGCCAAGACUGAGCUGCCGUGGACUUUGACCAAGGGGCAUGCAGAAGUGGUGCACUGGGGGACCCACUAUGAGACACAGACUCCCCAGAAGAAUAAAGACUUUGAGGACACCAAGAACAGGAUAGCACUUUGCCUUCGGGCGGCUAGAGAGGCCAUCCAGGAAGCCAAUGCCAAAAGCACCUCCUUUGAGAAGACAAAGCAGCAACUUCGGUUGGGGCUGGAAGACAUUGUGUCUGACCUGGAGAAGGUCCAUUUUACGGCAGCAUUCCUCGAUGAGAAGCAGAGACACUUUGACAAAGUCCUUACUAACUGGAAACAGAAGUAUGAUAACUCUCAAGCCGAGCUUGAAGCCUCUGAGAUGGAGGCAAAAAGCAUUAGCGAAGAGCUGUUUAAGCUCAAGCAAGCUUAUGAAGAGAUUACAGUGAACCAGGAGGCUCUGAAAAGAGAAAACAGGAACCUCCAUGAAGAAAUCUCUGAACUGACAGACCAGAUUAGGGAAGGAAACAAGAACCUGUGUGAGAUGGAAAAGGUCAAGAGAUUGGCCGAACAGGAGAAAUCAGAGGCCCAGGUGGCCCUGGAAAAAGCUGAGGGAGUCCUGGAACGCGAAGAGAGCAAAAUCCUUCAUUUUCAAUUUGAGGUCUUGGAGGCUAAAGUAGAACUUGAAAGGAAACUUGUAGAGAAAGAAGAAGAAAUUGAAAACUUGAGGAGAGACCAGCAGCGUACUAUUGAUUCUCUGCAGUCGACUUUGGAUUUGGAAGCCAAGAGCCAAGCUGAGGCCUCUAGGCUAAAGGAGAAGAUGGAAGGGGACCUCAGCGAGAUAGAAGUACAGCUCAACCAUGCUAACAGACAGACAUCUGAAGCCUCCAAAUCUCUGUAUACCCUCCAGAUGCAAAUCAAGAAACUACAAGUGCAGUUAGAUGAAACUACACAGGAGAAUGAAAGUCUGAAGGAGAAGGCAUUGAUGUCUGAGAGGCAACAUGCUAUCCUGUGGUCUGAAUUGGACGAGCUACGGUCUUUGCAGGAACAGACAGAACGUGGACGGAGAUUGGCUGAACAAGAGCUUGUGGAAGCCACUGAAAAACUGAAUGUGCUGCACACCCAGAAUACAAGCCUGCUCACCCUGAAGAAAAAAUGGGAGACUGACAGUGCCCGUAUGAAGAAAGAAUUAGAAGAUGCCACAGAAGAAUGUCAGAGUGCUAAAGAAAAAGCUAAGAAGGCAAUUAAUGAUGCAGCAUUGUUGUCAGAGAAUUUGAAGAAAGAACAGUACACCUGUACUCACAUGGAAAGGAUAAGAAACAACAUGGAACAGACCAUCACGGACUUACAGAAAAGACUAGAAGAUGCUGAACAGAAUACUGCAAAGGGGGCCAGUAAGCAGAUCCAGAAACUGGAAACCAGGAUCCGUGAACUAGAAAAUAAACUAGAAUGUGAAGUACGUCGGAGUUCUGAGGCCCAGAAUGGCACCCGUAAAUUUGAAAGGUCCAUUGCGGAGCUGACUUAUCAGGCAGAGGAAGAUAAGAGCAAUCUCAAUAGAAUGCAGAAUCUGAUAAAUAAACUGCAGCUCAAAGUGAAAAGUUACCAACACCAAGUAGAGGCCAUGGAAGCACAAGCCAAUCAAUAUCUGUACCAGUUUAAGACCCAGCAGCAUGAACUGGAUGAUGUGAAGGAGAGAGCAAAGGCAGCCGAAUCACAGGUCCACAAACUUAGGGCUAAAGCAAGAGAGGCUGGAAAAAAGAUCUUUGGUUCUGAGCAGAUCCUGGACCCCUCACCCAUGAGAUAG